CGGGCACGCGCGAUCGUCAUCGUCACGGUGCUCUGCGGGCGCGCGUUGGAGCCAAACCGAGCGCGUGCACGGAGCCGCCGGCGGCGUGCUCGCGUGCAGCAGACAGGCAGGCAGCGCCCGUCCGUCCCGGUUCCGGUCCCAUCCCGCACCAUGACGAGCUCCGGGGAGCUGGCGCAGAGCGCGCCGCUGCUGGCGCACGGACCCGCGCGCAGCCUGGUCUACAAGGCGCUGUGCUUCGUGAUCCUGGUGCUGCAGGGCGGCGUGCUGGACUUCUACCUCAUCAUCUUCAACGACCUGUACUGGUGCUCGUGGAUCGCCACCGACCUGGUGGUGGUCUCCGGCUGGGGCAUGUUCUUCAUGCGCAACGCGCGCAGCAAGCGGGAGCGCGCCUGCGGCUUCCACCAGAAGAGCUCCAUCUUCGGCUGCAGCCUGGGCGAGUUCACCUACGCCUACCUGGCCUGGCUCAUCUACGUCAUCGCCUGCACACCGAAGGUGGUGCUGAUCCUGGAGACGUCCAUCGCGGCGCAGAUCGCCGCCCAGGUGCCGUGCGGGCUGACGGGCCUGCGCGCCGCGGUGCUGCUGUCCGCGCCGCUGCUCUUCUGCCUCGUCAACUCGCUCGUGGAGGAUCCCAACGGCGCCACGCGCCACCACGCCCACAGCUGCUUCCUGAGCACGUGCGUGGACCUGCUGGACGGCUUCGCGCUGCUGGAGCUGCUGCUGCUCGCGCCCGACGGUCCCCCCGCCGCCGCGCACGCGCACCUGCGCUACACCGUGCUGUCGGUGUUCUUCGUGGUCCUGGCGGUUCCGGUGGUCUGGCUGCACGAGCUCACCGCCUCCGAGCUGCGCUGCCGCUGGCUGUGUGCGCGCUUCUGCACGAGCCUGGCCGUGAACGCGCCGCUGCUGGCGGUGCGCUGCCUGCAGGUGUUCGUGCACGAGGCGCCGGCGUCGCUCUUCAUGUUUAAGAACGUCUUCUUCCUGCUGUGCGGCCUCGUGGAGCUCGUGGAGCAGUGCGUGGCGGUGCGCGGCCUGCGGAGGCCGAGCGGCGGCCGCGGCGCGGCGCACGUGUCGCACUGCGUGUCCGAGAACGACAUGUGCCCGCGCGGCUACGUCAACACACUGGCCGUCAGCCAGUCCUGAGGGGGCGUGGCCAGCAGGGCGCGCCUGGUCUUCUUCUGAAGCGGCUCCGGCACCUGAUUCAAUCAGUGUUUCAAUUGGUGUCUCGUC